AUGGCCGGGCUUCAGCCCGAUAUCUAUGCAGCGAUCAGCAUUACCUGGAUCAUAGCUUUCCUGGCCCUUUCAAUGAGAAUUAAAGCCCGAGGCAUGAUGAAGACGAAGCUAUGGUUCGAUGAUUAUUUUGCUAUUGUUGCCUUGUUCUUCAUUACGAGUUAUUGUUCCGUCAUCGUUUACUGGACCCAUAGCUUCAAGCUUGGACUAUCGCUCAGCACCAUAUCAGACCCAGCCGAAGCCAUACACAUCCAGGACCGAUCGCGACUUUUACUAUGGAUCUGCGAACUCCUAUACGCCUCAUCCAUCGCCGUUUGCAAGCUUUCUAUCUUGUGUUUCUACUGGCGUGUUUUUCAGCAUACAUCGAUUCGAUAUGCGAUUAUCGGUCUUCUCGUUGCUGUGAGCAUUUGGAUUACGAUUCGCACGUUUAUGGUCAUAUUCCACUGCGUUCCAGUUCAAGCAUAUUGGAAUAAGGAUCUACAAGGAGCGAAAUGUCCCUUCAACGAGGCAAAUUUCUUCUUUGCCACGAUUCUAGCACACACCACGAUGGAUUGCAUCAUCUUGAUCUUACCAGUUAUCGAAGUCAUGAAGAUGACCUUGCCCUUGUCACAAAAACUUGCCGUGGUCGGCCUUUUCACCUCUGGAACUAUAGUCUGCAUUGCGUCAAUAUUUGUGUUGGUGCAUUCAAAACUAUACAAUCCUCGAACCGACGAUAUCCCCAAAGACAUGGCGGCAAAUAUGAUGUGGUCGACUGUAGAAACUAACAUGGCAGUCUUCUCAGCUUGUCUGCCCAUGCUUCGGCCCAUUUUCCGCCACUUCCUUCCUGGACUCUCAACGACAGAAGAAUCAGUUCGGGCGCCAAUAAGUCUAUCAAACGUCGGACCACAUCCAAUAGUAAGGACUCAGUCCCAAUUAAAGAAACAGGAGUUUCGAAGGUCGGGUCGUUCUGGUUUAUAUGAUCCAGAGCUGGGUGCUUUUCAUGGAUUUUGGGAUAUAUCAAGUAUCAGAAGUGUGGGCUCGAGAUCAGAAAGCGGCACCACGUAG